GCAGUARAAGUACAUGGAACGUCGAACAGAGCAAGACGAGGUUCGGUAUUACAGACUUCAACAACUCUCUUAGUUUAUCCAUACCGAACGGUCGUUGACCACAUUCCACAUUCUUACCUUCGGGCACCAAGCAAAAAGACAACUCUAUCACCAUGGGCAAGAAAAACAAGAACAAGAAGGGAGGCCAGCAGCAACAGGCUGCCGACGACGACGACUGGGAGGCCUUGCUCGAUGCGGAGGCCAGCAAGAACAGUGCUGCUGCCGAGGCGGGAGCCGCAAAAGCGGAGGAGGAACCGAAGAAGGAAGAAGCCCCAGCUGCUCCUGCGGAACCUCUCGACGCAGCCGCUGCAUUUUUGGCGGCCCAGGGUCUCGACGGCGACGGCGGCGGCGGAGGAGGAGGAGGAGGAAAGAAGAAGAAGAAGAAGAAAAAGGGAGGAGCAGGCGCAGGACAAAAGAAAGAAGACCCAAAGGUGCGUGARCAGCCAACUUUCUGUGCCUUUUCUUUUUGACGACGAACUGUGUAUUGUCAUAGCAAUGGUUUGUCGUAYCCCAUAUUAAUUAUGGACUGAGGAACAAAGAAACCUAUCGAGGAUUGUCAUGGUUUCCUUGCUGAAUGCAACUUUGUUCGUGCGGUGGCUUUCGAGUUCGAUUGAUUUUUGUGGAAUCAAGAACGAUUACUUUAUGYGCUUUCCGAACGAACUAACAAAUUCUUGGUCGUUUCGAUUUGUUGGUUGUCUUAGGUCUCGGCUCGCGGAAAAAUGGUCCAGGAACGCUUGCGAAAGCAGCAGGAGGAGGCAGCUAGAAUUGCGGCCGAAGAGGAAGCAGAACGCCAGCGCAUUGCCGAAAUCGAACGCAAAGAGGCAGAGGAAGAAAGACGAAAAGAGGAGGAAAAGGAACGUAAAAAGCAGAAGCAGAGAGAAAAGAUCGAGCGACAAAAGCGCGAGGGAACCUACAUGACGAAGAAACARAGGCAAAAGGCUGCCCUGGCGCAAGAGAGGCUGAAGGCGAUGAGAGACGCUGGGAUGCUUCCCGUGGAAGCAGAGAAGAGCGAAGACUCGAAACCCAAGAGGGUCGUAUACGACAAUAGAAAGAAGAAAAAGGAGGAAAAACCACCAGAGCCCGAACCCGAGCCUGAACCCGAGCCUGAACCAGAGCCGGAACCGGAACCUGAUCCAGAACCAGAGGAAGCUGCAGUCGACGACGAAUCUUCGGGCGACGAAUGGGAUGCUGACAGCGACAGCGAMGACGAUGACAARUUCGCCGACCUGGAUGCCCGCCUUGAAAAGGUUGUGAUCGAAGAUGACAACGUUGAUCUGAUUGAGUUGGAAAAGAAACAGGAGCAGAAACGCCUUGCCGAACUCGGAAGAAAGCGUGCAGAACAAGAGCGCAAAGAAGAGCUGAGACUUGCUGAGCUGRAAAAGCAGGCAGAUGCCGCAGAAAGAGCCGAAUUGCUCAAGGAACAGAAACGUCAAGAAGGAAAGAAAAAGAGAGAGGAAGAAGAGAAGGCAAAUCUGGCUGCUCGUUCGCCCGACAACCUCCGUUGUCCGAUUACCGUCAUUAUGGGUCACGUAGAUACCGGAAAGACGAAACUUCUGGACAAAAUCCGCAGGACAAAUGUCCAGGAAGGAGAAGCAGGAGGAAUCACGCAACAAAUUGGUGCCACCUACUUUGAAAAGAAGACCCUCGAAGCCCAAACCCAAAAACUCAACGCKACUGAAAAAUUCGACAUUAAAGUUCCUGGAAUGCUUAUCAUUGAUACCCCGGGUCACGAAUCUUUUGCCAACCUGCGUUCUCGAGGUUCGUCACUGUGUGAUGUUGCCAUUUUGGUGGUGGAUCUGAUGCACGGUCUGGAACAACAAACAAUAGAAAGUUUGAACAUGCUUCGUAAGAAAAAUGUUCCUUUUGUAGUCGCCCUGAACAAAAUCGACAGAUGCUACAACUGGAAGACUUGCAAAGACACCCCUAUCCGUGACGCACUCAAGGAUCAGGAAGAGGGGACCAUUUCUGAAUUUCGCAGCCGUGCCGCCGACGCAAAACUCCAACUCGCGGAACAAGGAGUCAACUCGAAUUUAUACUGGGAAAUGGGAGACGACGAUUGGAGCAAUUCUGAUUUUAUCCCAUUGGUUCCAACUUCUGCAAUUACCGGAGAGGGUGUGCAAGACAUCCUCAUGCUUUUGUGCCAGAUGGCCCAGCGCAAGAUUUGGGAAAGCAUUAUGUGGUGCGCWAAUCUCGAAGCCACCGUACUCGAGGUCAAGGCGAUCGAWGGUUUGGGAAUGACCGUCGAUGUUCUUGUGGUGAACGGAUAUUUGAGAGAAGGAGACAAGGCAGUCUUCUGUACUCUUGAUGGACCAAUUGUAACGGAAAUUCGUGGUCUCUUAACGCCACCACCCAGCAGAGAAAUGCGAAUCAAAUCCGACUACAUCCAUCACAAGGAGAUUAAGGGUGCUAUUGGUGUAAAAGUAAUUGGAAACAACCUUGACAAAGUAAUGGCUGGKACACCCGUCAUGGUAAGUGUGUAAUUGGUAAUGUGAGAGUUUGUCUGCUUUGUUUGGAGUWCUCGCAUCGAGAAUACUCUUCGAGAAAUUGAAAUUCUAACGCGAAUGGCAUGCGUUUCGAUAAACUUCAAUCAAUGAUAAGGUCGUUGGUCCCAAUGACGAAGUAGAAGAUAUUAAGGCUGAGGUCAUGAGUGAUUUAGCAAAUCUAGAAUCGCAUCUUAGUACCGACAGAGUUGGUGUACUGGUUCAGGCCUCAACUCUGGGUGCGCUGGAGGCACUGCUCCAAUUUCUUCGCGUGGAUACCGAUCCUCCUAUCCCCGUAAGCGCUAUUGGUAUUGGUACCAUUCACAAGCGCGAUGUGACAAAGAUCUCKAUCAUGAACGAAAAGGGACAUCCGGAAUAUGCAACAAUCUUAGCGUUUGAUUGUGACAUUGAAAAGGAAGCGAGGGAGCACGCUGCCGAGAUGGGUGUUCGUAUUAUGACAGCGGAUAUCAUCUACCAUUUGUUUGACCAAUUUACGAGAUUUAUGGACGAGCUUACUGCCAAGAGGCGCGAAGAAGCCGCUGCGGUUGCCGUCUUCCCAAGCAUCAUCAAGAUCCUUCCACAGCACGUCUUCAAUCAGAAGGAUCCCAUCAUUGUUGGUGUUGAAGUUGUGGAGGGUAUUCUCAAGAUCGGAACCCCUCUUUGCGUUCCAGCGAUCGGCGGCCUUCACGUUGGGAAAGUUACAUCGAUUGAGAUGAACGGGAAAGAACAGAACACUGCGCGAAAAGGGCAAUCGGUGGCCAUUAAGAUUGUGAACGAAAGCAACCCAAACAUAACAUACGGCCGUCAAUUUGACUCUUCCCACAGCCUUUACUCUACCCUCACGAGAGCGUCCAUUGAUGCACUCAARCUCAACUUCAAGGAUGCACUGGAAAAGGAAGACUGGAGACUCGUUGUGAAGAUGAAAAAGGUUUUCUGUAUCAUCUAAAUUUGGAGAGAACAACAUCCGUACRGUAUGAUUURAARAUAAAAUCUAGU